AUGCGCGGCAAGCAGCCGUUCACGGCCCAGUCGCCUUCGCAGUGCGUGGGCAGGCCGCCGCCGCCAAACGACGAGCAUCAUCAUCGUCGUCACAACCAUCAGCACCACUACCACGAGAUAUCGCAGCCACAGCAGCAGCGAGAACCAAGGGCACUAGGGCGGGCCAGCUUCUCGACAGAAGGCUCGGUGGCCACGGGCUCGACGCCGCCGCCAUCGAGCGCCUCCAAUACUGACGCAUCGAACGAGCUACUGCGCGACAAAGACGACGAGGAUGACGGCGCAGAGGACGACAUCAUGGCGUGGACGACCCACCAGUGGCAUCUUGCACCAUCUUCCAAUUCAUCAUCCAACGUGCCGGCCGCCAUCAUCAGCACGGACAAGGCCCAGGACCCUUCCAGUAUUCACGUGGCGCACCCCGAUGCUGGCACAGGCCGGGUCACGGCCAGCGGCUCUGCAAACUCGACGAUGGCGAGCGUCUCUGGCUGUGAGGACUACGACCUUGCAGAACUAGAUACCGAUCUGGCGGAGUUUCUGAUGGCACAGUCGCCCGAAGGCCACACGGCCGCCACCUCGAUGGCCGAGGGGGGCCCGUCUGGGCCCGACGCCAGCGCCGACCCCGCCGACGCAACGUUUGCAAGGGCGCAGCAGAUGAUGCCCAUGUCCCUGGGUCUACGGCCGCGGAACGAGGUCGACAGCCAGUGCUGCAUCGAGUGUUGCCAGGUGAUCAGCGACCUCGAGAGCUACAUCAUGGCCGAGCUGCGGACAUUCAAGAUCCUUCUCAGCAUCAUCCGCAAGGCGCUCGAGAAGCUGGGCCACCUGAUCGGGGCCCAGCAGGGCUCGCGCAACCUGCGUUGCAUGAUGCUCUUUACGGCGCUGAUGUACCAGAUCUACGAGCUGCUCGAGGCCUGCUUCACAACCGUAGUGCAGGAAAAGGACCGGCAGCUGGGCGCACGGGGCGUGACAGGGGCAUUGCCUAGCAGCUAUGGGUUCGGCUUUGGGGACUUCUCGGCCAUCGACGUCGAAGAGCAGGCGGUCCUCCGCACCCAAUCCGUCUUAAGGGAGGUGCAGCAGGCAUCCGAGGUGCUAGGAAAGCUGAAGGCGCUGGCUACGGUUGGGCCUGACGUGAAUGGGGCCCAGGGGGCCACAGGACCGGAUCCGGUGCGAGGCGGCGAGGCACGCGGGAACUGCUAUCUCGACUUGGAACUGCGCCUGCGUGAUCUGGCCAUGCGCUUCUCGAUCGCCAGGGAGGGGUAG